UACAGCGGGAUGGGUUCUCAAUGGCCUGGGAUGGGCGCGGAACUUAUGAACAUCCCAAUAUUUUCCGCAGCUAUUGAGCGCUGCCAAAAAGCACUCGAACCUAAAGGAAUAGAUAUCAUGCAAAUCAUAACGUCUACUGAUCCUGAUAUUUUCAAUAAUAUUCUAAAUGCUUUCUUGGGUAUCGCCGCCAUUCAGAUCGGUUUGACAGAUGUCAUCUAUGCACUUGGUUUGGUUCCUGAUAAUAUCAUAGGUAAAGGUUAA